AUGGAAAGACUGGUCUCCUACCUCCGCCUUCCUUCAGACGUGAAAUAUGACCGUUGGCCGUUGGUUGGAGCUGCCGUCGUUGGAGUUGCGAUCGUAUGGACCGCUCUUCUUCGAAGCAAGAGCAAGAAGCGCGGACACCCUUUACCACCUGGUCCCAAAGGCUUACCUGUGGUUGGUAACCUUCUCCAGAUCCCAAUCGAGCACCCAUGGCUCGUUUACAACGAAUGGAAGAAGGAAUACGGGGACAUGAUUUACCUCAACGCCAUGGGGCAGGGAAUUCUGAUUCUCAACUCUUUGACGACGAUCGACGACCUACUUACCAAACGAGCAACGAACUACUCUGACAGAGUGCAGAGUGCUUUAAUUCCUCUGACUAAGAUUGGAUGGGCAUUCUCAGUUAUGAAUUACGGACCUUGGUGGCGAGACCAUCGCCGCGACUUCCACCGCUUUUUCAAUAACACGCAGAUUCCCAACUAUUAUCCAGUAAUCGAAGAGGAGACGCUUACCUUCCUUCGGAAACUAGUAGCCGAUCCCAAGGACUUCCGAGAACAGGCUCUACUCCUCUUUGGCUCAAUUAUCAUGCGGCUCUCGUACGGCGUCGAGGAUCUCGAGUAUAACAAGGUCCUCAUGGAAGCCUCUGAGACCAUCUUGCAAGAUUUCAUGGAAUACUCAGCUCCAGGCCGUCUCUUAGUCACGACAUUCCCGAGUUUGCGACACGUUCCCUCAUGGUUCCCCGGUGCUGGAUGGAGGCGGAUCACCGACAGACUCGCAAAGUUGAACGAUGAAUUAGUGGGGAGACCAUUCGACGAAAUGAAGGAGAGGAUUGUUUACCCGUGGGAAAACCCGCAAAAACCCGUAUCCGUAACCUGCAAAAAACCCGUACCCGCGAGUGCGGGUACCCGUGGGAAACGCUCUGGAACCCAAGGCGACUAUAUUAACGCAGCUGCGAAGCUGUUCGAAGACUUGCCCGAGGAGGAUUCGCCUAACCGUGCCCAUCAAGAGACGGUUGCUCGAAACGUAGCAGCACAGGCCUACCUAGCUGGUGCCGAUACUACCCUCAGUGCAUCGUAUGCCCUGUUCCUGGCGUUAGCAAUGCAUCCAGAGGUCCAGCGCAAGGCUCAGGCCGAGAUAGAUGCGGUCGUCGGUAGCGAGAGGUUACCGACAUUUGCAGACAUGGAUCGACUUCCGUAUGUACAGGCCAUUAUCAAAGAAGUGAGCCGCUGGCAUAGUGUGGUUCCUUUGUGCGUUCCACACAUGUCGACUGAAGACGAUGUGUACAACGGGUACUAUAUCCCCGCGAAGACGAUCAUCCUUUCGAACACAUGGUCUGUGAUGCAUGAUCCCGAGGUCUUUGAGGAUCCCGAAACGUUCAGACCUGAGAGGUACCUCAAGGACGGCAAGCUUGAUCCUUCCGUGCUAGACCCAGAAGCAGCUGUAUUUGGAUACGGGCGAAGGAUCUGUCCAGGACGGCAUCUGAGCCAUGAGUCGUUGCUGCUAUUCACAGCCUGCCUUCUGGCAACUUUUGACAUCAAGCCCUCGCUCGAUGAGGCCGGCAACCCUAAGCCAUUGGCCCUGCGGGUGGCGUCGAGCUUGGUCACGACACCCUUACCAUUUGAGUGCGACUUCUCUAUUCGUUCAUCUAAGCACGCUACCUUGCUGUAAUCCCCGCUACCUUUAAACAUCGUUCUUCUGUACCAGCUCUCCAGGCGAGGAGCCGCGCGACGAAGUCGGUCGGCGGAUGGCCUGGCCUGAUGGCUU